CAAUACGAAUGAAGUUCAAGAUAUUACUAAUGAAUCUUCAUUUGAAAAUAACUCUGAUAAUGGACAAGAAAGUUCACAGGAAAAACCACAAGGAAGACCUCAGAGAAGACCACAGGGAAGACUAUGA